CAACUCUUAUAAAUAAUUAGAAAAGACAUUUGCGUGUCGCUGAAGUUGACAAGUUCUUCCUAUCAAAGAUGGCUUUCCCAGGAGAAAAAGAUGAACCUUUUCUGUUCCCAUCAACGAGUUAUCACAGGGAUCCUCCCGAAUACUUAUCUUCAGACCUUCUUUCAUCACCUUUACCCACACAUUCUUUCUUCCAGCCCUUUGUUGGCGACUCUGGCCUCCCAGUGUACAUUCACCCGUACGCCGUCGAAUCAUCAGCUUCCUCUAUUUCUCUCUGCUAUCCAUCUCGCCGUGUUCAUUCAAGAUUCAUAGACCAGGUAUUCAAAGCUGAUAUCACUAUCUCUCCCUCAACUCAACAAACCCAACAAGGUUCUCAAUCUCAUUGUCAUGUCAUAUCUUCCUUCAGUGAUCUCAGUGUCACUUUGGAUAUUCCUUCUUCUCAUCUUACUUUCUUCCUUGUUAGGGGAUGCCCUUUUGUUACUCUCUCUGUCUCCCAUCACACACCACCACUUUCCAUAUCCACUGUGCACAAAGUUUCUUCCUUUACUUCAAAUGAUUCAUUCACCAAGUAUACACUUAAACUUGACAAUGAUCAGACAUGGCUUAUAUACGCUUCUUCACCGAUCAAGUUUAGUUACAGCGAUGGCGUGAUUACUUUCUCUAAGGCUGUUCCUUCUGAUACUGACGAUGGAGAUGGGGUUAAUGUGAUAGUGAGGAUAGCAUUGUUGCCAAAUUCAAGUUCAGCAAAUGAGGAUAUUCUUGACCGGUACAGCACUUGUUACCCUGUAUCUGGUGAUGCUUUCUUCACUAAGACAUUUUGUGUUGAAUAUAAGUGGGAGAAGAGAGGGUUUGGUGAUUUGUUAAUGUUAGCACACCCUCUCCAUCUUCAACUUCUGUCUAAAGGUGAGGGUAAUGUGACUAUCCUUAAAAAUUGUAAGUAUAGUAGCAUUGAUGGGGAACUUGUUGGUGUUAUUGGAAAUUCAUGGUUGUUAGAAGCAGAUCAUGUUCCUGUGACUUGGUACUCUAUCAGAGGUGUUAACCAACAUUUUUUUGAUGAAAUCAAAUCAGCUCUUUCCAAAGAUGUUGUUACUCUAGGUACGGUUUAUCUAACAGAAGAUGUUUACCGUAAUGGGAGAAUCAUUGCAAGAGCAGCAAGGUUGGCUAUAAUAGCUGAAGAAGUUGGCUUUAUUGAUGUGAUCCCAACUCUGAAGAUGUUCUUGCAUGAAACCAUUCAGCCAUGGUUGGAUGGAACUUCUGAUGGUUACAGUUUUCGAUAUGAUGCAAAACUGGGAAAGAUUAGUAUUGACGCAUACAGUGCUGGGUACUUCCUUUAUGGAAUUGCAGUGCUUGCAAAGAUUGAUCCAGCUUGGGGAAUGAAAUAUAAGCCUAAAGCCUACUCACUUAUGGCAAAUUUUAUGAACUUGGCAAGAGGAUCAAACUCAAAAUAUACACGUCUAAGGUGUUUUGAUCUGUACAAAUUGCACUCUUGGGCUUCAGGAGGGGAACAAGACAGCACCAGUGAAGCUGUAAAUAUUUACUAUUCUGCUGCGUUGAUGGGCCUAGCUUAUGGUGACAUCCAUCUUGCUUCCAUUGGAUCAACUCUUGCAUCGUUGGAGAUUCAUGCUGCUAAGAUAUGGUGGCAUGUGAAAGAGGGUGAUAAUCUCUAUGAAGAUGAUUUUGCACAAGAAAAUAAGUUGGUUGGUUAUCUUUCUGCUAACAGUAGACUGGAUAAAAUGCGCAAUUGUUAUACUGAGAGGGAGAUUAAGAUUGGCCUUCAUGUUUUACCCUUAUUGCCAAUUACUGAGUUCUUAUUCAACAAUGUUGAUUUUGUCAAGGACCUUGUGAAGUCGACACCAUCUGAAUACAGUGUAUUAGACAUGUGGAUGGGGUUUGUGUACGCACUUGAAGGAAUUUAUAACAAUGAAGUUGCAUUGAAGAAGAUUAGAGGCUUAAAGGGUUUUGAUGUUGGCAACACAAUGAGCAAUCUCUUGUGGUGGAUUCACAGCAGGCAUGAUUAUAGAAAAAUGGGAUCCUGUCAUGAGAAACAAUGUUGCUUUUGUCGUUACAGCUGUUGAGAAUUGACAAUGAUUUCAAUGUUUAUGGUUAAUACAUUGUGAUGAGGCUUUUCACUUUUGGAUUAUCUAU